AAAAAUUCAACAAAUGUAACAUUUAACGAUGAAUCGCUGAUGACAUACGAAACCGUGAUCGCAUCUUUCUUGACAGUUUCGACCGUAUUCUCCUGGAUAUCAAACCUGAGUAUCAUUGUUGUAUUUUUGAAGUUCUCAUGUCUCAGGACAAAACAUGAUGUAUUAGUUAUCAACCUUGCGUUUACCAAUUUGACCAUUGCUACUGGAAUAGCAUUUUUUUCAACGUACACGUUAAAUCCUGGAAAUAUAUUUCAUAUGAAAUUCGUGUGUAUGAGCCUUUUCAUGUUGAUAUUUGGUGGAAUAUUAACGUCCUUACUUGUGCUUCUUUGUCUUGCUUUAGAGAGAUACCUCUGUAUUGUUCAUCCGUUAAUCUACAGUCGAAUUCGAAAUCGCCACGUAGUUAUAAGUAGCAUCUUAGCAUACAUUAUUGGCAUCAUUUACAUAGUUUUACCAUUCAAUUUCAAAAACAAAUGGGAGCAUUAUCAUCUUUGUGUUGUUGACGUUUUUCCUUUCGAAUUCAGUAUCGCAGAGCAAGUUAUUGGUGUGCUGAUAAUAGCAUCCAUUAUUGUGAUUAACUCUGUUGUUUUCAAGACGGCACUUUCACAAGCAGCUAGAAUAAAAACACUUCUUAAGAAUAUUCAAAAUAAACACACGAAAACGCGUAGAAGACAAAAAGGAAAAGCUUUUGUGACUGUUUUCCUGUUAUCUGGAAUUUCAGCUAUAUGUUGGAUUCCAUUAUUAGUAGUUUUUGGAUUAGAAUCCGAUCCUGAUUUGAGUGAAGCGUAUAGAUGGAUACUCACGCAACUACUGUAUGUCCCGGUGUCUCUGAACUCUUCAGUCACGGCUGUUAUUAUAGGAUAUAGAAACAGACAUUUUAGGGAUGCUAUAAAAUCCUUUUUUUGCAAACGUCAGCAUGAGUGCUUUGGAGUAAACGGAACCAACGUAACGAUUUAUGUCUGAUCAGUUAAAUGUUUUCUUUUACUGAAAUUGGUAGAUUUUAGUUUACCAUUGGAUUAGAAUCUGAUCCUGAUUUGAGUCGUAACUAUUUAUGUCUGAUAAGUUAAAUGUUUUCUUUGACUUAUAUUGGUAGAUUUUAAUUUACCAUGCUAUCUGAAGUAUAUAUACUGGGACACACGGAUAUAAAGCACUAUUAUAUUGUUCAAUUGUCUUCAACCCCUCUGGGUAUCAAUGUGAAACUAUGUUGAUGUGUGUAGGUUUAACAAAAGAUAUGGCAACAUGUGCCACAUUUUGUACACAAGUUUUGAUUGAUAUACAAAGAAUUGCUGUUGAUUACUCUGUUGGCAGGGGUAACAAAAAUGUUUUUAGACCCAAAAAUAGUCUGGUGACCCAUAUAUUUAUUUUUAUUAUUCUAAAGCUUAUUGUUUUGACUCUCAGAUGUGAAAUUAAAAAAAAAAAUCAAUGAACCAAUUAUUUGGAAAUUUAAGAAAAAAAUCUGUGUUUUUUGUGUGCAGCAAUGUCAACGAGACUGGAGCGGGAUUUAAUAAAUAUGUAUAAAACU